AUGGAGUGGAGGAACUUCCAUGCCCUGGCUUUUAUCCUCGGCCCUACAAAAGGGACUCUGCAAAAAGGCAUCCCCACCCUAGCCCCUCCCACUUUUGUCUGGGGAAAAAUGGCUGGAAAAGGAACAGUGGAGCUACUGAAGAAUGCAGUGGUCAUCAACGCCAGUGCAAAGCACACAGCGACUGUGAUAUUCCUACAUGGACUGGGAGAUACAGGAGAUGGCUGGUGCUCAAUAUGGGAGCAGACGAAGCAGCCAUAUGUUAAACUGAUAUGCCCCACUGCACCCACCAUGCCAGUGUCUGUCAAUGGUGGACACAGAAUGCCAUCUUGGUUCGAUAUCUACAGUCUUGGUAAGGAUGCCCGCCCUGACAUAGAGGGCAUCAAGUCAGCCUCUAAGAAAGUACAUGAGCUACUGGACUUUGAGAUCGAGUCAACUGGUGUGCCUCCAGAGAGGAUCAUUGUCGGUGGUUUCAGCCAGGGUGGCAGUCUGGGCCUCCUAGCUGCACUCACUUACCCCAAACGUCUGGCCGGCAUCCUGGGCCUGAGCUGCUGGCUCAGAAAUAUGGAGAACGAGAAUCUUGUAGACAAUAUCACUGUGAACAAGAACACUCCAUUUCUUCAUUGUCAUGGUGAGGCUGACCCAGUAGUUCCAUUUGAAAUGGGGAGACUCUCGGCAGAGUUCGCUAAAACAUUCAACGAGACGAGCUAUGAGUUCAAGCCCUACCCUGGCCUUGCACACUCCUCUUGUCCUGAGGAGCUGGAGUAUGUGCAGAAUUGGAUGGACAAGCUGAUACCUCCUAGUGGUGGAAAUAUUUAGGACAUGCAACAAUAAUUAUUAUCCCUCGGGGCAUAUAUAGCCGCAGGAAUGCUCGUGUAUCUGUUCACUGCAUGUAUAUAUACUUAAUUUUUUUAUGUGCCUAUGAACGAUGUUCGAUUGAUAAAAAGUCAGCAUUUGAACAAAGAGAACAA